AUGUCCAAUGACUAUGCCAAACAUGAUAUUCUCUGGAUGUUCGGUCGGCUAAUGCAGGAGUAUAUAAAUCGGUUGGGGGAACUCGAUCAACCUGAGCAUCUGUCUCGUCCUCUCACUUCGAUCACUCUUUACUGCCUACUUCUGUCUCUCAUUAUGCAGUUGUUUGCUAAGCUCUCCGUCGCGGCUGCAUUCGCGUCCGCGAUCAUAGGUGUCUUUGCUGCCCCGACCGAUGGCACACUCUUGACUCGCGCUGCCCCGCAGGUUAUCACCAAAUGCACCGUUCCAAAUACUGUUGCUCUCACCUUCGACGACGGGCCGUACCAGUAUAUUUACGAUAUCGUAAAUACCUUGGAGAAUGCUGGAGCCAAAGGGACUUUCUUCUUCAACGGAAACAACUACGAGUGCAUCUAUAGCGCCGAAAAUCAAAAGCGUUUGAAAUAUGUUUACGAUCGGGGGCACCAGAUCGGCUCCCAUACUUGGGGUCACAAGGACCUAGCCACUCUCAGUUGGGACCAAGUUCAUGACGAGAUGUGGAGAGUUGAACCUAACAAGCUAUACUUGAAAUCAGAGGCCCUGCAGAGGAUUCUUGGCGUCAUGCCCGCGUGUAUGCGUCCUCCUUUCGGUAGUUAUAACGAUAACGUCCAAAAUGUUGCUGGAGUUCGUGGGCAGAAGAUUGUUAAUUGGGAUUUCGAUAGCCGGGACUCUGCUGGUGCUUCUGCGGCCGAGUCCAAUGGGCUAUAUGAUCAGAUCAUUUCCCAGCGCCCUUCGACCAUCCUCGCGCUGAACCAUGAGACCUAUGCAUCAACCGCAUACGAGGUCCUCCCCUACGCUAUCCAGAAGCUCCAGGCUGCGGGUUACCGGCUGGUUACAGUCGCAGAGUGCCUUGGCGAGCAACCCUACCAGUCCGUUGGCUCCCCACAGACCCCCGAUGCUUCCUGGACUUGCUAA